AUGAGGAACAACCUGCGAGGACUACGCUUCCCAGCUUUCCCCGGGGCCGGGGGCGGGGAUCGGCUCCGUAGGAGGCGGCUGCAGAAAGGGGGCUUUGUGCUGGGCUGCGCGCUCGUCUGUCUGUCUGGCUCGUUCCUCGGCGGCGGCUGCUGCUGCUGCUGUUCUGCCGUCCUGCGCUUUGUGGGCGCUGCGCUCGCUGCCGCGGUCGAGAGGCGCCGGCGGGGCUCCCGGAGCAGCGGACCUCUCCGCCGGAGGAGCCAUGCUGCUUCCCUCAGGCGGGACCGCUCGGAGUGGAAACUGUGCAACAUGCAGCAGCUGAGAGCCCGGCUGGCGGCUCGCACCUCUCGGAGAAAAGGAUUGCGCCGGGGAGGCGGAGAAGGCAGCAGGAGAGCAUGA